UGCCAUUACUGCCUUUCCAGCCUGGAAAGAAGUUACGCAGGCAAACACCACCAUUCGAGUUACAUUUGACAUGGAAAACGACCUGGCUCGUGGGAUGGAUGGCGCGGUGAAAAUCCAGAAAAACAUGACCCGAGAAGUUCGCUUCAAACGUGGUCGAUGGUUCACCGCUGAUGAGAACGGCAAGUUCCACAUGUACAGUGGAUAUCGUAAUGGCAAGACUGCGCAACUCAAGAAGCAAAAGCUAUCGAUAUUUGGACUUGUUUUAAGCUAUAACUCGAAAGAUGGAAGCUUGGAGCUUAGUGACGAGGAUUUCAAUGAAUCCAAAAAGAUUUACCCCACGUUGAGAGAGGAAAUGAUUGGAUUUCCAUUGGCACGCGUCAGUCGUAUGCAUUCAGAUUCAAUCACGCCGCUGAAACGCAAUCCUCCGGCUGCUCCCAAACCAUGCAACGUAAAAUGGUCCAAUGCCUUGCGACUUGACCCAACAACAACAGGUGGUCGUUGCUUACAUUUCACUGCUUCAUCCGCUGGUGAUAUGUUCGUUAUUUUCGCAACCGUGCCCAGUAAACGCUCUACAUGGUACUAUGUGCAGAUGGGAGUCAACAAGGUUGCAAUUUACAAGGGAGAAACGGAGGUUACAACAACAUCAGACACUGGAGCAUUAGCAAUAGGAGAUACCUUGCUGUAUCAGUCGUACUUUGUCUGCUUAUACGAGAAACCCGACAGUACCCUGAUUGAAUAUGGAAAGACCCUAGGCACUUCAGACGGCGGAGAUAUAUACCUCAUGCACCUUGACACCGACAAUCCCUUGAAUGUGCGCUUUUACGCUUUUGGCAACUUGAAUGAAGCUGUUAAAAUAUGGGACGCGCAUAUUGUACCGCGUGACACAACGGAUGCAGACUGCAAAGGCGAUACGUACAAAGAUCUCCCAACAAAUUUAUGUGUUCAGAAGUGCCAUCAAUAUUGUGAUCCUUUUGCAGGUUAG